AUGCAAGUAGUUGCACUUGAAUCUCAAGAUCUAAACAAACUUUCAUAUGAUGAACUUAGAGGAGAUCUUAUAGCAUUCGAGAAAACCCAUCUCAAGAAGGUAAGUCAGGAAGAAAAGAAGAAAACAAUUGCCUUCAAAUCUACAAUUGAAGGACCUGAGAAUGAUAUUGAUGACGAUCCAAAAGCUCUUGAAGAAGAAAUUGCUAUGGUAUCAAGAAACAUGGAUGGGUUAAUGAAAAGGUAUAGAAAUACAAGAAGGGGAAGGAUGCCAUCUAGGCGAACUAAGCAAUACAAUGAACAUGACAAGAAUGAUGGGAAGUGUUAUGAUUGUGGAAGGUGUGGGCAUGUUCAAGCUGAAUGCCGAGAUAUUAAAAGAAAAGUCUCCAUAGGGUUCAGCAAAAAUAAAUCCUUCGAAAAUUGGAGUGAUGAAGAUAGUUCAGAACAUGAAGAAAUAGCAAAUCUAUAUUUUAUGACCAUCCUGGAAAAUGACAUGAACAAAUACUCUGGCUGCUGGACUGAUGAAGAUACAUCAGACGAUGAAUGCAAGGAAAAUACUGAAAAUUGUUUCUUGGCACGAGGUGAAACAAGCGAGGAACACCACAGAAAAAGUCGUAAAGAAAAAUGGUAUUUAGAAAGUGUGUGUUCCAGUCACAUGACGAGUGACAAAAAUCUGUUCAAAGAAGUCACAAAAAUAAAUGGUGAAAAUGUCAAAUUUGGUGAUGAUUCAAAAGAAAAGAUAAUUGGUACCGGUACAGUUCCAUUCAAAAAUAAUUAUGACAUUACAGAGGUAUAUCUUGUAGAUGGACUCAACUACAAUCUUUUGAGCAUAAGUUAG